UUCCCCUCCCCUUUAAGGCAGUUGAAAGGUUCUUGUAUAUUUCGCAAACACUGUUUCUAAUCUCUUCUACCAGUGAGUCAGAUGAAGAUCAAGAUGCACCGAUGAAAAUUACGGUGUUAUUUCAGACAGAGCACAGACGGAUAUUCAUGUUCGCUGGAUCAACACAAGUGUUCCUUCGUUAGUGCCUGAAGACGAGAGGGGAAUCUAGCCAUGGACCUGGAUGUAGUGAACAUGUUUGUCCUAGCUGGAAGUACUCUAGCCAUCCCCAUCCUGGCAUUUGUGGCUUCCUUCAUGCUCUGGCCAGCUGCCCUCAUCAAAGUUUACUACUGGUACUGGCGGAGGCGGCUCGGCCUCAAGGUGGAUUAUGUCGACUGCGGAGGAUACCGGUUCUGUUACUCCCACAGAGGCAAGCCGGGGGGCGGCCGGCCCUCUAUACUGAUGCUACACGGCUUCUCAGCCCACAAGGACAUGUGGCUGUCUGUAGUCAAGUUUCUCCCGAAGAACGUGCACGUGGUAUGUGUUGACAUGCCAGGGCAUGAGGGGACCACACGAACCAGCGCGGUAGACUACUCCAUCGAAGGCCAGGUCCAAAGGAUCCGCCAGUUUGUAGCGAGCUUCCGUCUGAACAAGAGGCCUUUCCACCUGGUGGGUACGUCCAUGGGUGGAAACGUAGCUGGAGUGUAUGCUGCCCGCUUCCCCACGGACCUCUGCAGUGUCACUCUCAUCUGCCCGGCGGGUCUUGAGUACCCUAACGAGAGUAGGUUUGUGGCACGUCUCCGUGAGCUGGAGAAGAACCAGAACAGCCAGGACAUCCCCCUCAUCCCCUCCACCCCGGAGGAGAUGGAGGAGAUGCUGAGGCUCUGCUCCUUCGUCCGCUUCAAGAUCCCCCAGCAGAUCCUCCAGGGAUUGGUGGAUGUGCGGAUCCCCCACAAUGACUUCUACCGAGAGGUUUUCAUGGAGAUCGUAGGAGAGGAGUCUCGACAUUCUCUACAAGAGAACCUGCGCCUGAUCACGGUGCCUGUGCAGGUUAUUUGGGGGAAACACGAUCAGGUAGUAGAUGUAUCAGGGGCCACAGUGCUGAAAGAAGCCAUUCCAGGUUGCCAGGUGGACCUCCUGGACAACUGUGGUCACUCUGUUGUGAUGGAGCGACCUCGCAAAACGGCUCAGCUUAUCAUGGACUACCUGAACUCUCAGCACAACACACGCAGAAGCAAGAAGCUCUCUUGAGGCAUUCCCUUGUACCACUGUACAAAUACUGUUAUCUAUUUUGUAAAUAAUUUAGGUUGAAUAUUUUUGUAAUCCAGUCCAGACUCAGGGACUAAACCUGCAUCACCCGGCCCACCGUACUGUCUACUUACCUCAUUUUUCUGUUUUCUAAGUUAAAGGUUGUGGCAGGCAAAGGAUUUAUAUGGAUACAAAUCCAUAUGGAUACUGAUCAGAGUUUUGUAUUCCAUUCCUGUUACACUACGAGGUGUAACAAUGUGAAACUUGAUUUAUUUUACUCUUUAUUUUACUGACAACCCAGUUUACAAAUGUCUUCUCAGAAGAAUUAUAGAAGAAAACAGUUUAUAAAGUACUUAUAUUUACCCCGUGGUGUCAUGUAGAAGAAAACCCUAACAUAAAGCACUAGCACAUAGAACUACCUUAGUACAUUUCUAUUGUGCCCUAAGCAGUGGCAACCAAAGCACAAAACAUUAUCAAUGGCAGUAUAUUCCAAGUUCUUCUUGUUUAAUUAUUUAUGUCACUUCACAAGAAUACUGAUACUUAAUUGUCAAAUACAUCAUUUUUAGAAUUAUA